AUUAAAUUCAAAUCAAAAAAGCAACUAAAACAACAUCAAAAUGGUGACAGCCAACUUUGCUGAACUCUAUGACUUCCAACAAGACGAUGGACUUCAAGACUUGGGUUUACCAGUUUCGGUGCAGACAUUUUUGUGGCGACAAAUUGCGCCAUUUAUUCGACCAAAACUUGGAAAACAUCAUGAAGCAACUUGUAUGUUUUGUCAACAUGCACCCGGCCAUCACGAGCAAAAGGAAGCUUGCAAAUCUUUCGAAAAAGUUUUGGUUCAAAAUAUACAAUUUGGGCUUUCACCACCUUUGACUAAAGCUCUAGCUGCCAUUCCUCGAUGGAGACUACUACAAGCUGCACUGCCGCAUGUAAUGCAUUGUGUUGCAGCUUUACUUCACAACAGAGUAAAGGACAUGCAAGCAAUUGGAGUUGUUGAAACAAAAUUACUCUACACAAUGCAAUGGAUAUUUUUAUAUGCUUCUGAAGAGUGUGCCGAUGAAGAAGAAGAUCUUGAUCCUGUUUUAAAGAAGGAUAUGCCAAAAACUGAGAACUAUUUGUUUUCUGUACCAACUAUAACACUUUUUGUCUAUCUAUUUGCUCCAAUUAUACAUCAUUUAAAAGAAUCAGAUUUUCAAAAUUUUCGAUUAGAAAAUGGUAUUCGAUUGUGGCAAGGAAUGUGGGAUAAUCGAGCACCAGGGGCGCCUUGUUUCUUAGCACCAGUUAAACCCAAAGCAAGGAAUUUGUUGAGCCCAUCAUCUCCUAAAGGAUCGGCAGAUGUUUUCACAGCUCGGAAACCUUCUUCAUCUGGAGAAACAGUUCUAUCACCAAAAGCAGACUCACCCAAAAGCAUAUCCUAUUCAGAUCAUUCGAAACACGAUGAAGAUGGAUCCUGGGUAUCAUCUCCAAAAGAUUUUGCAUUUCCUGAAACAAUACCAGAAGAAGCUUCCAGCAUCGAAGAGGAAAGAGUUGUAAUAUUUCGACUUCCAACAGGACCAUAUUUAACUGAUCCUUCAUUUUAUACGGCCGAUGCAAGUCUUCUUCAACAAUCACAAAGUCGACGAGGUAGUCGUCAGUCAAUGCAUUCGAAGGACAACAAACAACCAACACGUUUUGAUUUCGAGCAACAUGAACUGAUACGUGGAGCUUCUCAGAAAGAACAAAAAGCAAGCACAUCAACUGAAAAGGAAUCUGAAUCAGAUGAAAAGUUUGCUGAAGAAAUAAAAGCAGAUGUUUCAGCUGCAACGUUUCUAGAUGUAGCAGUUCUAAGAUGUCUUUUCAUAUCACAUUGGCAAGAAGAAGGGGUUUAUUGGAGUUUACAAUAUUUAUACAACAGACUUACAGAAAUCGCUGAAGAAGCAGCUAUUCCAACCCAUCAGCCUCGAAAACGUUCAAAUUCAUUACCAAUACCCCAAAUAGAGAUAUCCCUUUAUCAAGGACCAGGACAAUACAGUCGAGAUAGUCCGAGCAAUAGUUCACUGGCCAAGGACUAUAUUGAAAUACCUGAAUCAGGAGGUCAAGGUCAAGUUGAUGAUACGAGUUCAACAAUAGAACGCCGCGGAAGUGAUAAGAAGAAACGUGUCAAAAUGGCCGAUCUACGGGCUUUCGUUGAAACGAAAAUGUUCUCGAAGUCAGAAAAGAAUUUGGAAAAAGUAGGAAUUGAAACUAAUACAAAUGGCAAGCGGCCACUGCAGCAUGUUGACUAUCAUCGAAGUUUGGAUACGGGGGAAAAGAAAUUAUCACGUUCAGCAUCAAUGAUUAGCCGUGAGCCAAGUAGCAAUUUAAUUAAAGGCAAAAGCAUGCCAAGUUUAAGGUAUUACAGGUAUGUGGAACCCCAAAAAACGAUACGCCCAUCACAGUCCUCAGGACCGAGGACGACAUUUUUUGCACGCAAUCCAAUAAUAACUGUAACCGAGCACACGCCAACACCAUCUCCAGAUUACUUAAAACGCCAGGGUUCAAUUGACUCACAACUCGAUGCAUUGAGUAACGGUGGAAGUUUGAGUGGAGUUACGGGCUUCCGAGGCCAUAUGUUGCGAUCACACACAGAUUCUCAUAUCGACUAUACCGGGGUCGAUGAGUCGGAAGCACCAGGAUCUUCAUUCUACAUUACCCGUGAUGGUGGCAUUGACUACGAAAUCGUGCUUUUGGCUGUCUAUAAUGUUUUCAAACGGGACUAUAAUAUUGUUUCGCUGCGGGUUUUAGAAGCUGGCUUGAAUAUCUGUGAGGUGUUACUUGAGUUGGGAGUUAUGAAACUUGGAGAACAUGCUCAUGAAAUAUCGAUGGGAAUCAUAAAGAGGGCACUUCUCCAUCUUGGAUGUCCGCAUGGAUGCAAUGAUGGAAUUCGAGGACCGCCAGCAGACUUUCUUCGCAGUCAAUGUCAAAAAAUCCUCUCCCGGAUGAUGCGGCAAGCAUCAAAACGCACCAAAACCUAUCUUCAAUCGAUGGUCAAAACGACACAAAUCCAUGAGUUGGUAGAAUUCUUCCAUGCAUUUGUGGCAUUUUGUGUUGAUCCCAGUUCCUUGCUAUCCCCGUUGAGCGGGCAGGGCGGAUAUGCGACCAAUUUUAGUGGCGGACUAACUGGUGGACCUGAGAGCCAAGUUAUAACCGCUGUCUUCAAGCCAUUGGUGACACGAUUCGUUGAAGCCCAGAAAGAACUGAAGUCCCCUGAGAAUACAGCUCUCUAUUGUGAUAUUCGUCAAUUGAUAACUUAUGUCAAGGGUGCACAUGGUGGACCGUUUAGACGUGUGGCUUUGAGUGGUAUUUUGGCUGUGACUCCAAGACCUAAUAAGAAGGGACCUUUACUUCAGACAACCCGCGUUAUAAGACACAUUCCACAAGCUGAAUGUGCUCAGCCUCCUGCUGUAAGCAUUCAAAUGGAGGACAAUCGGAGUCAAAGGAGACUUCUUCUAAAGAAACGCAGUACUUCUUCCGCAUGUGCCGUGAGCCUUUUGGAAACCGAAACAUGUGAUGAUCAUUACAAAUCUAGUCAAAGUCCUUUAAGUAAUAUUCGUCGGCGAGGAACGACAAUUCGGCCAACUCUUACUCCAAGACACUCAGAGAGGGCCCUUCUGUCAGAUUCGACCUCGAGUUCAGAGAGAAAUUCUCUAGGGCGGCUAAGUAAUUUGGUUCGUUGGUUCCGAGGAACCCCUAAAGAACCAGCUUCGAUUGAUUUGGAAAUCGGUUCGUUAAACCCCGAUAUGACAGGGACAUUCAUACGGCAUGCAUCUCUUAAAAUUCAACGGGGUCGUUCGAGUGAUGGCAUAGGCAGAUCACUUCAGAGAGCUCGAAGAAGGGUCGAACGGAGGUUGAAUAGAUUCGGAAUUGUCAAGGGCAAAAAGAAAAUGGGAGGAACUGAAGAGACAGCAGACCUGAGUAGGCGCAGCUCUUCAGAUCUGUGCGAAGGUCCACGAGAAUCCGAAGUUGUAGUAUUGAAAGAAAGAAAAUUGAUUCCCACUGAGCCGAUUCAAGAGGGAAUGCUAAGAUUUGCAUUUUUGUUGGAAACAUGUGCUCCAGGAUCUUUUCCAGAUCCACAGUUAGUUGCUGCUGUUUUAGAUUUGCCUCAAGCACCAUUGAUAGCAAGAGCAGCUUUUCUUAUUGAAUGUGCUCAUUUUGUACACUUGUGUAACAAAGGUAUGUGGCCUAGUUGGAUGAAACAAAAUAUGACAAACUAUAGAGCUUCUGGAGCAAAUAUCAAUGCAAGGCAACAACUAACGACGGGCACUCGAAGGACACACAUCUUACAACGAGCUGCUGGAAAAAUGUUUCACCAGUGGGCUGAAAUGCUAGGCGCCAGACUCGAAGAACUCUUAUUUACCGAACGAAUGAAUUUUGAAUCGGCCAACUCGUGCCUAAAUGAUCCCGAAAAACAACGAGAACUUCUUCAACAAGAUGAAGAAGAAGACUUCUUAGAUGAAUCAAGUGUAAAUCCUCAUGGAAACGACUGUCCACAUGCAUUAAAACUGAUCGCUUGUGUGCUCCUACAUGAAAUAACUGCAUUUCUAAGAGAUACUUACCAAACAUUACCAAAAGCUUCGAAGCUUCUGCAUAAGGAUAAACCUGCACCAUGGGAAAAGGUUUAUAGGGAAGCUAAUCGUAGAUGGUCAAUGGCUCUUAGUUCAAUGGGGCAUUCUCAGACUUCAGCUCAAAGCCUUCAAUCAAUAGCCGGUAACGAUGGUGGUGCUCAAACUGAAAGGAAGAUAUCAUUUGUUCUCCAUGAGCCAGAUAAUGAAUCAGAGAACAGCAGCAAUACAACCUUGACAAUGCAAGGUGAAGAUGGUGCCCUUCGUCGACCUGUUGCUGCAGUGCGACCAUUUCUACUGCGACGCGGAACCGCUGGAGCUGCAACUGGUGGGUCCUUUAAACGACGGUCACUUAAACUUCGUCGGGGCACCAAAGAUGGCAAAGAACUUGAGGCAGACUUUAAAAGAAUAGAUUCUAUACAAUCGAGGCGAAAAGUAUCAUCGCUGUCGGACCGAAGUGAUACCUCCGAGCCGGGAAUUAUCAGUGGAGGCGAAGAGUCUCCAGGAAUAUUGAGUGAUGACCAACAACCAGAAUCACCCACCGAUUCAAAUGAAGCCGAUGACACUGCUAAGAAUAUGCCAUGGAUGAAGGCCGUUAUCGAAGUGAUGAAUAGUUAUAACUAUUAUUGCACCCACAAAGGAUUCUGUCAUCCAUAUUGUUAUAAGAGACACAUGAGGGCGUCUUCCAGGCUGAUCAAAGCUGUUAGAAAGGUUUAUGGUGAAGAAUUUGGAUUUACAUUUGACAAUGAGCAUCAGACACAAGAAGGUUAUGCCACAACUAAACAACCCACCCGGCAACGGUCAACUCGAAAGGUAUCAGAACAGAGUUCAACUCAAACUUCUCCUUCGAAAAGGAAGGAAAGCAUUUCGAAAAAGGAUAGAAUUAGUGAUGACCCUGAUAUCGAGAUGGUUGAAAAAUUAGCCAAAGCCUUAAAUACAGAAAAGGAAAAAAGAGAAGAAAAAGAAACACCACCAAUAUUGAAAUUUGUUAAGAACCACAUUAGGGGUUUAUUCCAUUUCCCCAUGUCCACCUUACUUAAAGGUGCGGUUAUCUUAACAGAAGAACUUGUAAUUGAAGCACUUCCAGCUGCCUGGGAACUUCUUCUCGAACAUAAUCAAGAAACGGCUGCAGUAGCUGCUUCUCUAUUUUUAAUGGGAUCAGUCAAGGCUCAGAGUUUUGCUUUUGAUAUUAUGCAGAGGUCUCUUAAAAAUAAAGAUCCAGAUGUAAGGAUUGGUGCUAUUAUGAGAUUUCAUGUUCUUUGGAAGUGUCGCUUCCAAGUUUGGCCUCGCAUGGAAGAUGGAGCUCACGAUGUUACCUUCAAGGUGCCACCUGGUGGUAUAGAAUUUACACUGCCCUCACCCAAAAUUGGAAUUGAAAGUCUUCCUGUCGUCGAUCCACCAUGGAGUCCAACUCAACAAACCAAAGACAUGGAUGUUACUCUGAAUCAGGAUAGACAUCGAUCCUUAGUAACUGCAACAAAAAGCCGAAAAAUGCAACAGACCGAAGCCAUUCGGAAUGCUAUUCGCCAACAACAUGACAAACAACGAGCUGAACGACAUAGCUUCUUAAUUACAACCAUACCGAUCAAUCAGCAGGCUUCUCAUGAACCAGGCUUGGACCAUGCUCCAGGAGAAGAUCAUGCCGAAGGUGAAGAAGAACUUGAAGGUGCAAGAAUAGCACCCCACUUACACGCAGCUCAUUCGCUCUUCCCAUCUGUACUUUGUUCAUCUGUGAUGCAAAUAGUUGCGUGUCUAGACGAUGCAGCAAUUGGCUCUGAUGGCAACUCAGUCUAUGAAGUUGCAUAUCAAGUAAUUUGGAUUUGUUUGGUUGAAGAAUCGGCUUUAUUCUUGAGGUACGUGUUGGAAAGACUUACCCGUGAACGUCAAGAUCAAAUGUUCAAGCUUCUUCGACACCUGAUUCGAUUUGUGCCACGGUUACCGCAGCAGGCUGCAUUCGCUUUGUACAAUUCGAUUAUAGGCUACAUCAUGUUUUAUGUUCGGUCUUCCAAUGAACAUAAACAAGAGUUGGUUGGAUCAGCCUUGUCCGUUCUUUGGAUGGUCGUUCACAGCGUACACGGUAUCAUGUUUAAGGAUUUAAAGCAAAUCCUGCGAAAAGAACAAUGCGAUGCUUCAAUUUUACUCACAGCAAAUGUUCCAGCUGCUAAGAAAAUUGUUGUCCAUGGUCCAUUUGAAGAUGAUGGAAAUAUACCUUCACAAUUUCCUGUUCAAGAAGAUACAUUGUUUAGUCAGCUUUUAAAGGAAGCACUAGAUUUCUAUCCAGUUGAUGAGAAAAGCUAUCACCACUACGUCUUAGUAGACUACAAAAGCAGUAAAAUUCUGAAUCCAAACUGGUACAUUCGAGACUUGUAUUUCUUCAAACGAUCACAAUAUCCAGAAGUUCGAUUAGUCCCAAUGAAGCCUGAAGACUCCUUCCUGGCCUUGCAAAAACAGGAGUUGAGUAAGAAGUUCGUUGAAAUUGGUAAAGUUCAUUUGACUUGGGCUAUUUUGAAAAAUGUCGAUAUGGUCGUACAGCGUGUUGUGUUCUUGCACGAAGAACUCAUGAAACUUCCAUCGUUUCCCCGAAAAGCCUUAGAAGUUGAUUUGGAUCUGCAUCAGGGCGGAGAAUAUGGAAAGGCUCUCCUCGGGCUCGAUGUGUUACAUAAAUUCAUGUGGGUACGAUUAAUAGCUAGAAUGUUUGAGGCCAUGGCAGGAAAUUUCGCCUAUUCAGCAGACAUUCAGCUGUUUUUGAAUGUUCUAUCAGGAGCAGCUAUUCUCCAUGCGGAAGACUCUUGUAUUAUGCGAUAUGUUAUGGCAACUUAUAUCAACGCUGCUUUCAAUUUCAAAAACAUUUUCUCCACAAAUGGUUAUUUUAUGAUAAUGCCAACGUUGUUGCAAGUUUAUUCAUUGCAUCAAACUAACAAGCUUAUAACUACCACGAUAGAAUAUGCUGUGAAGCAGUUUUAUUUGCUGAAUCGAAAACCAUUUAUAUUGCAAAUGUUCGGAUCAGUGUCUGCUAUUUUGGACACAGAUGAAGAAGGAGCUUAUGGCGAAGCCCACAAGGUUCAAUCGAGCUGUCUGUUUAAUCUGCUUCUCAGCUUAGAAGAUCCAUCACCAGAUCCUCUGAACAUAGCUGAACUAGUCAAAGAACCAAAACCGCUUAAGGCCAUAGACUUCUGCUACCAUGAUGAAGAUGGAGACGUGACUGUCCUCGAUUGUAUAACACUAUGCGUGAUGGUGGUCUCAUAUUCUGCGGAAAGCACAAGGGGUUAUCAAAUGCUGAUAAUCUUGGAGGCAAUUCUACCAUGCUACCUUCAACAGAUACAAUCCCCCAGUUACAUUCCAUUGCAAGGAAAAUCCGAAAGAGAUAUUAUACUUCAAUUAGCUGUAGCCAUACGUACCAUGGUUCAUAAUUGCGAAGGUUUGGCAAAGAGUUACAACGGACCCUAUCGCAAUAGUCCCGAGCACAAGGGCUCGAGUCAACGUAAUUGCAGCCGAGGACCACCGUGUUCUCCUGGUUUGGAAUUCGAAGAGGAAUCUCAUUCGAAGUAUGUGAGUGAUGCAAGAACAAAGAACCUCAUUGACUCCACCGAGGAUUCCGAGAUGAUUCGAACGGAAUAUCGCCGACCGAGAGAUGUUCUUCUUUCUGUGGUUGGGGAUUUUUUGAGCAAAGCUUCAACGCGUUUGCAAGAGCUCGCCAAAAAACUGCCAAACGAUGCAAAACCAACUGAAGUCCUGGAUGUUAAAUGUCACAUACGUUUGGCAGAUAUUGCUCAUUCUUUGUUGAAAGUAUCACCCUACGACCCAGAGUCGAUGGCCUGUCGAGGUCUUCAACGUUAUAUGCAGGCAAUCUUACCCAGAGCUGAAUGGUCAAAUGAUGCCUUGCGAAAUACUAUGGUCACGAUACUUCGUCGCAUCGAUAAAGUUUUCCUCAAAAUUUCGAAGAAACCCUCGAUUAGACGCAAUACAGACUGGGAGGCAGCAGCUGGCCUCCUUAAGGGUGUCCACGAGACCAUUGUUCGUCAUCCCUAUGUUCUUCAUUGGCAACACAUGAAGACCUUGAUAAGUACGGUUCAGAAUCUGAUAGUCAAUGAACCGGGCUCAGCUCCAGAUGGUGUAUCGAGUGCAGGCGCUGCUCUUAUGUCUCAGAAUCCACCGGCGUUCUUUUGUUCCACUGUUGUGCGACUGGUUGCCUUACAGGUGGUCAGUCCAGUUGACUUUUUUUCAUUGGUCCAGAUUUGCGGUGGAAGUGCUGAAUUCGCCACACAAGAGAAGGCCGAGGGUUUUCUGAUGCAUUUGUUGAUGCCACUUUGCUUGAAAGUCUGUUCGGGUCGUGGGGUUUCUGAUAUCGGCGAACUUAAACAAAGUGAUGUAUCGUUCUUAUUAACUGCAGUCCUGAAUGCCAUGAGUCCUCCGGCUGGCCGGACGGGACAAGCUGUGGCACAAAUCAAUAGAGCCGGUGGCGACUUGCGUGCCGGUUCUCUCACUUUUACUGGAAGUCGAGACGCCAAAAGACCAGCCAGGAUAUCAGGGUCAUUGUAUCAAGCAGCUUUCUUGGCUUUGCGGAUUGUUUGUAUUUGUUUUGAGAACCGUCUGUCAACGGAAUGGUCGCGAAUAGCAAGAGUCAUGAGAGACUUGGGUAGACGAAAUGAAGCAGCUCCGGAUCUUUGGAGCUUUUUGGAAUUCGUUGUUACACACCGUACACCGUUAUAUAUUGUUCUUAUGCCAUUUAUUUUGCACAAAAUUGCCCAACCACCAAUUGGAGACCAUGAACGUCACAUGCAGUUCAUAAUUCGAGAGCGCUUGCGAGGCACCCCACCGCAGGGAGGUAUCAAAUCCAAGGGAGCCCUUCUGCUCGAGCUAGCUCGUGAGCUACGCGAUUUGCGCGAUGAACUCGAAGAAAAGCGUUAUGGUUCUGUUUCAGAACAAACUAACUCUGAACACACCAAACGUGAAGCCACAGCAGCUUCGUCUACUGCUGCCGAUGGACACAAAUCCCAGCAAAGACCAUCACUUAUUUCUAUUUUUACUGGAGCCACCGGUCAAGCCAGCCACUCGCAUGUCUCGGCUGUUCCAGUCGAUUCAAGGAGCGGUUCCGGAAUUAUUGGCACACCGAGUGACACUUUGUCGCAACAGACACUUCAUCCACCUAGAGAAUCUUUGUCAAGUGGAUCGACGGGCACAAACCGAGAGCACAUUACUAGCGAAAGUCAUAGUGGAGAGAAUGCCGGCUCAGCUCCAACUCUGGGUCAGGUUCCUGUCGGACAAUCGGCUAGCACAACAACCAUUGCUGCCAUUCCACCAAACCUCGCAGCACAUUUGUCCCAUUCGCAAUCACUGCAACAAGCCCCGUUUAAGGCGCAGGCGCCAAAACUGCGAUUUGUUACUUCGGUGGAAUUCAAACACUCCUCCGGAGAAACAUCCACGACUCCACUCUCGCCAGAGAGUCCCGCCGAUGAUAGUUCUGGUGAACAUCAGAAAUCUCGCCUGCAAAGGACCAAAAUUUCAAGCCGAAAGACCUUUCGUUUGAAACGAUCUCGACAUGGCCACCAAGAGACAACGCCCCACCCAGGUCCCGUACAACCACUACCGGAUGACCGUCCAAAGCCACUCAGUGAAAUUUCUUGGGAUUCCGUUUCCCAGACAUCGUCAACAUCCGGCUACAGAGACAACAACAGCCUACAAACUGGUCUUCUCUCGCCAGAUGGCUCACUGGGUGGCAUGACCCUGGGACGAUCCCCAUCGCAACAUUCUCUUUUGAUGCUCUUCGAAGCACAGGACGAGGAUACGCUUAUAUAGGAUUCAUUUUUAUUCGAAAAUGACUGAAACUAAUUAUUCGAAAUGAUUGACUGCAUAAAACCACACAAACAAAAAAACGAAAACAGGAAAAACAAAUGAUCAAUAACUUAAUUAAAAACAAAGAGUAUUAAAAUAACGUCUUCGAUGUUGUUGCCAAAAACAAAAGGAAACAAAAAAAGCUUUCAUAGAUCAAUUAGUUAAUAAUUAAUAAAAUAAUUGUUGUUGAUGUUGUUAAAUAUACUUUUUUUAGAUAUAGGUUUAUACUUUGAUAAAGUCAAAACGAUGUGCAAUUGUUAUUAUUUUUAUGUAUACAUUGCACAAUUUAAUUGUUUACAAAACAGAAAAUAGAAAAAUAUUUUUAAUUGAUGUUAAAAUAGAAUACGAUAAAUAAAAGUACAUAUGAAUGUUGAGUUUAAUAGGAAAACAAUGAGAAGUUAAUUAAUUUUGAAGUUAACAAUGAACUCAAUGGAAAAAUAUUUUGGCGUUAAUUUGUGAAUAAUAAUAUUACAUCAAGACAUAAGGCGAUCGUAAACAUAA